UUUCCCUGACUUCCCCUCUCCUCUCCCUCAACCUCGCUGAGACAAGAAGCAGAGUUCGUCACGAUGCCAGGCAGUGACGACGAGAACCCUGGGCAGUCGUCGAUAUCAGCGAUAAGCACCGACGCCCAUCGCCGAAGAGCGGUCUCGGAAGACACUCCUCUGUUACGAGCAGCUACCGAUGUGCCGUAUUACCACAGCACCCAGUCUCCGGAUGAGACGUUCCGGGACCAUGAGCUGGCAGCCGACGUCGAGCUAGGACCCGAUGACGAGACACAGAGCGAGUAUGAAAGCCGGCUGGGACGCACGAUCUCGUAUUCGAGCCAGACCGGGAUCGAGCCCGGGUCUCUGGAGUCGCCGAUGCUGCGGGAUACCUCGAGACGAAGACAAGGCGGCAAUAAAACAGUGAACGGGAUACGGAGUAGUAGUCGGGGCUCUGCUGCCACAGGUGCCGAAGGAGAUGGGAACGACCAGGAACAGAAGAGCCCCUUUCGCGGGGGGAUUAGCGUCCGCCAGUUCUGGCUUAUAUUUCUGGGCUUGAUGGGCAAUAUGUUUAUCGUUUGCUUCGACAGUACGAUAAUGGCGUCCAGUCAUCCGGUUAUAACGUCGCAUUUCCACUCAGCGAAUAGCGCCUCCUGGCUGUCGACAGCCUUCUUAUUGACCUCAACGGCUUUCCAACCUCUGGCUGGGCGGUUGUCGGAUACCAUGGGGAGGAAACCGCCGUUGAUCUUUGGGAUGAUCCUGUUCACAGCCGGAACACUGUGGUGCGCGCUGGCGCAGAGCAUGACUAGCUUUAUUUUGGCUAGGGCCCUCUGUGGUCUUGGAGCUGGUGCCUCAAUGACUAUAGGAAGCAUCAUUACAUCGGAUCUAGUGCCAAUUGAGAUCCGCGGGAUCUACCAGUCCUAUAUUAAUAUUGUAUAUGGACUUGGAUCGGCUAUGGGGGUGGCCACUGGCGGUGCCAUGGCUGAUCACCUUGGUUGGCGGUGGGAAUUUGGAAUACAAGUUCCCGCGCUGGUACUUAUCCUUGUUACUUCUUGUGUCUUCGUGCCACCCAAUUUAGGCCUGAGUCACAACAUGGAGAAUGAGAGUUUCCUAACCGCAAUGAAGACAUUCGAUUAUAAAGGAUCCCUCGUUCUUACAGCAGGCACCACAUUCCUAAUCCUAUCUUUAAGUCUCGGAGGCAACAUCUACCCCUGGACACACCCCCUCGUCCUCACCGCCCUCUCCAUCUUCGUCAUCAGCACCCCCCUCCUCAUUUACAUUGAAUCUCGUGCCCCCCGCCCCAUCAUGCCUCUCUACCUCUUCACCCGCGCCCCCCGCAGCAACCUCAUCUUCUCCAACUUCAUCAGCGCAGCCACCAUCAACGCCAUCCUCUUCAACAUGCCCAUUUUCUUCCAAGCGGUCCGCCUCGAGACUGCAACUUCUUCCGGUCUCCGCCUUCUUGUCUCUGCGUUGGCUGGCACAAUUUGCGGAGUUAGCACGGGAUUCCUGAUUACCUGGUCGAGGCGCCUGAAAUGGCCUCUUGUUCUUGGAGCGGCGCUCGUGUUUCUUGGACCGGUCACGUUGACGACGAUUACGAAGGAUAUGCCUAUAUUAAUAAUAUUGAUAUUCCUGGCUCUGGGUAGUAUGGGACAGGGCUUCCAGUUCCCAGGCACCUUCAUGGCUAUCUUGGCCGUUAGUGAACAGUCGGAGCAGGCGGUGGUGACGAGCACGCUUAUGCUGUGGAGGAGUAUAGGGACGGUGAUUGGAGUUGCGUCAAGUAGUUUGGUGUUGCAGAAUGCGCUGGUUAAAUACUUGGACGCGUUUGUUAGUGGGCCGGAUAAAGAAGAGGUUAUCCGAAAGGUGAGAGGAAGCAUAGAAGCAAUCGUCGACCUGGACCUAUACUACAGGGACCAGGUCGUAGCAGCGUAUUCUGCUAGUCUGCGCGCUACGUUUGUCGCGGCUGCGGGAGUGGGAUUGAUCACCCUCCUUCUCGUGCUUCCUAUCCGGAUGCCGAGGUUGGGGAAACGGAACUGAAAAUGUGCCGUUUGGUUGGGGGGGGUUUGUGAGUAAUGGUUUGGUUACGAAACAAUGUGAAAGACAUAAUUUAUAGAUAAAAUUGAUACCAGGACU